AUGGAGGAAGUAAACAUUGAUGAUGGACGAAAGCAGUAUCCAACAGAGGAAUUUGCACUUACCGCUGUAUGUGAUCACUCAAUCGACUACAAGAAUGAUUGGAUCGUUGAUUCAGGUUGUUCCAAUCAUAUGACAGGAGAUAUGUCAAAAUUGAUGAACAUCACAAAAUACAAUGGAGAUCGUGUUAUUCUAACAGCUGAUAACACACAAUUAYCGAUAGCUCAUGUUGGCGAGACAAACCUACCACGRAAGUAUGGACAUGAAGAAUUCCAGCUCCGAAGUGUUUAUCAUGUUCCCGGGAUGAAGAAGAACUURUUAUCAGUGCCUCAACURACAAGUGCWGGCAACUACGUAUUGUUCGGCCCAGAUGACGURAAGGUGUAUCGAGAUUUAAMAGUCAUUGGUACACCGUUCGUAGAAGGACCAAAAAUGAAGACUAUCUAUGUGAUGUCAGCAGAAGAAGCCUACGUUGAAAAGACCAGGAGAAGUGACACUGGCGACUURUGGCAUGCACGGCUCGGACAUGAGUUGCAAUAUCGGAUUCAAAGAUUGGUGGAGAAAUGUGGAAUAAAUGAUGUGAUGUUUAGAGAAGAGAUUGGUGAGAUAAGAAAAGAUAUAGUCAAUUUCCAUGGCGAAAUGGUUCUUCUAGUCAAUUACAGUAACAUCAACUACACUGGAGUGGCAAAGAUUUUGAAAAAGUACGACAAAAGAACAGGAAGUAUAUUACGAUCGUCGUUUAUACAAAAAGUUCUUCGUCAACCGUUUUUCAAGACGGAUCUUGUGUCAAGGCUGGUGAGAGAGUGGGAGACGACGAUGGACGCAGUUUUUCCGGCGGCGACGGAUUUAGCGGCGGAGACAGAGGGAGAAGAGAGAUUUGCGGUGGUGACUUCGGCGUCAGUGGCAGCGGGAGAAGGGAUAUUUCGGAAUACAGUUGCGGCGUUGUUGACUAUGAGAGAGAUGAGAAGAGGAAGUUCGACUUAUAGUGCUUUCUCACUUCCGCCGUUAAAUCUUUCCGAUUCCGAUUUGGUUCUCCGGUCGAUCCAUGGUUUUCCGUUGACCUAUAACCCUGAGAUACGGAUACGUCCGGAGAAAGUGAAGAAUCAUCCUUACUUUUGGGUUAGAAGUAAGAAGAUAGCAUUUCUACAGGCAGUACAUGAGAAGAUCAGAACUUCUAACAACUUCAGAGGCCUCGUGACACACAUGCAAGCAAGCAGGAAUGGGUGA